AAAAUGGUAAUAUAGAUUAGAAGUGUCAAUAAACCAAUAGACCUUUCCGGGAUUUGAUUCAGUCUGAUGUCAGGCUUGUAUUGACAGCGGUUAAUGAUUUGAUGGAAGUGCGUCUGCUGAGCUGACGGGACAAAGAGCAGAACAGAGAAACAGCUGCAGGAGUCAUGAGGGUCCUCGGUGUUUUUAUCUUCACGUGUCUUCUCUUCCAGACCGCUGAAUGUGAUGAUGAUUCCUUGGUCAUCACUCAAUGUCGGCAUCAGAAUUACACACGGCUGUCUUGCGCGAAAGUGUUCUGUCCACCAUGGAGGCGAUGUAUCGCGGGACAGUGUGUCUGUAAGAUGCCGUACAAGUGUCCACGGCAGGAUUACCACGCGUGUACGCUGGACAGAUCCGAGUAUUACUCCAUGUGUCAGGCCAAAGCCAUCUCCUGCAGAUCCAACAAGCCCGUGUUCUCUCACAUCAGCACAACCUGCAGAGCGGAAGAGAAGGUGGAAGUGACUGUGCAGGACUCUGGCUCUCAUAAAGUGGUCAUGAUAAACACAAGGUUGGGAAAAAUGUUUGUAUGUGGCAGUGACUGGAAUAUGGCUGCAGCUAAUGUUGUUUGUCGAAACCCUCUGAAUGUCGACAGAGGAGCGGCGGCAGUGAGUAAAACCAAGUACAGGAUUCUUGACAAAGAUACUGAAUGGCCAACGAAGUGUAUGAGUGUUCGCUGCACGGGAUCUGAGCUCUCAUUGGCAGAAUGCACCAUCUAUAAUCCCCAGCCAAUCACAGAAAACACUGUGGCCACCGCAAAGUGUUAUAACGAACCCAAAGGCGAAUGUAAGAAGUUCCUCUGUGUGAACGGGAAGUGUUUAAAUAAAGGAAAACCCUGCGAUGGUGUUGAUGACUGUGGAGACAACAGUGACGAGAUGUGCUGCCAAAGAUGUGAUAAAGAAAGCGAAGCGUUCCACUGUAAGUCGGACGUCUGUAUUCCCCGUCACGCCGUCCGAGAUGGAAUCAGGGACUGUCUGGGAGGAGAAGAUGAACUGGAUGAAAAUGACAAACCAGUAGAGAAUAAUCUGCAAGAUUUGUUUUCUGAUCCAAUGUCUGAGAUCAGAAGAAUUCGUUCGUCUGCCGAGAGCCAGCUAGAGUGUGGCAUUCCCAAUAUGGAGUAUGAGUACAAACAAGAGGACGAUGCGACUUCCCAUCUACGCAGGAAACGCAUAGUAGGAGGAGAAGAGGCCUUACCGACUCAGAUACAGUGGCAGGUGGCCAUUCAGUACGAAGGCUCGAUCCACUGUGGAGGGGCGUAUCUGGGUGGCUGCUGGGUUUUGACCGCCGCCCACUGCGUCAGGCCCAAACCAAAGUCCUACCGAAUCAAGAUCUCCCUCUGGAAGAAGCACCGCAAGCAGUCGACGACAGACAGCAUCCAAGUGAAGAACAUCAUCAUCCAUCAUGAAUAUAACCCACAAACCUACGCCAACGACAUUGCUUUGGUGCAGCUAGAGAAGCUGAGUCUUUCGGACAAGUGCAUGCAGGACAACCCUGCGGUCCGAGCCGUCUGCGUGCCCUGGUCCACCCAACAGUUCCAGCCCAACGACACCUGCACCAUAUCCGGCUGGGGCCACGACAGAGCGGGAGUAUCAUCAGAGACUCUAAAAUGGGCAAAUGUGACGAUUAUUGGUGACUGCAAGAAUUAUUACAAGGACCGUUUCCUCCCUGGAAUGGAGUGUGCAGGUGACCUGGAGGGGAAGGUGGACUCGUGUCAGGGUGACUCCGGAGGGCCGCUGGUGUGUAAGGACGCGUCUGGCGUGUCGUAUGUGUGGGGAAUUGUGAGCUGGGAUGAUAAAUGUGGUGAACCCAAUUAUCCUGGCAUCUACACUAAAGUGGCACAUUAUUUCGACUGGAUCCGCUUCCACACAGGCUGGGCGGCUGUAGCCAAAUAUAACCAGUAAAAUGAACUGGUUAACAUUUGCCGAUUGAUGUUACUAUAUGUGCUUCUGAACUUGUUUGUUGUUGCUGUUAAAAUGCUGAUUAUACAUUUAUCAGGUGAUUUAAAAGCUCAGUCCUGUCUCUUUGUUUCCAUGCGUUUUGUAGUUUGGUGCGUUUUUGAGAAAUUAAAUGUUUUAUGUUGCAUUUCUGAUGUGAAUUUCCAAAUCAGAUUUUAAACCACAUAGAAAUGUUGUUUAGAUUUGAAAAAACUGGAUUCUGUCAUUUUUUUUUCUUGCCAAUGCAAACAUGUGUUUAUAUAUAUCCUGUAAUCACAUAAAAAGACCUGUUUUAUAACCGACUGCUUGGAAAAAAAACACUUCAAGCCAAAUUUCUUAUACACUGAUCAAAUUAGUGUUUUGUAGCAGUUUACUCUUUCUACAUAUUUCAAACUUUGAGAAUUCUAUGAAAAUAAAAUAAAAUUUUCAAGAAGAAUCAGUUGCACACCCAGGCACAGAAGUUUGCUAGGUGCUGUUCAUCCAUUUGAUGAUCAGAUGGCCACAAUACAUUUUACAGUAUUCUAAUAUUAUUUUAUAUAGUAUUAUUAAUCUCAUCUGCAACCUAUGUGACUUGUCUUCAAUAAAUUUAAUGGGAUUGUUCUCUCAAAAAUAAAAACUACUCGCCUUCA